UGCUAAGUUAAGACCACCUAGCUAUGACCUUUACCUUCCUAAUUUCCAGUAACUCGGUACGCAUCAUUAAACAACAAACAGAACAGCAGAACUGUGAGUCCCUGCCAUUAAAAAUCUAUACCCCAGUUCACGAGGAAGACUUUUAUCACUUCAGAUAUUUACGCAAAUAAUACAUCGAACACAUCCGAAACACCACAAACAUUUUUGUCAUGGCGGAAUACCACCUGAAAUAACGGAAUGGUAAAUUGCAGAAUUUGGACUGUCCCGCCUUUAGUGUUUCGCCAUAUGUAUGCUCAUGGGCUACCGUACAUUCAGACACUUUUAGAAGCAAAUGGUAAGAUUUAGUACUAAUAAUGACACCAGGUGCAUUAUGGAUUAUGGUCAUGGCUGGAAUAUGCAUGCAGAGCUCAGCUGUGCAUCUGAGGAACAUGGAGCACUUUAUUACUGCUGUUGCACAUUUAGAACAUUUAAACCCACAACUGAGUUCACUGGCUUUAGUGUCGAAUCUAUGCCAGAUUGCAGACCAAACACACAAUGUCACUCACGGUUUUAUGAGAUCAUCUAACAACGAAACUGAAACUCAUCCGAAAAUCAAAGAGCGGCUAAAUAUCAACCUCAAUCUCUCUCAUUUCUUCAGCCAAGCACUUCAUCAUUUUAUAACAGCUGCUUAUGAAGAAAAGGGAGUUGUUCUGACUCCCGAUGGCACAACGGUUGCCCUCGCUCCCCUACUUUUAGGUCUUGAAUCUGGACUACGAGCAGAAAACGUCAGUAGCCAGCCUAAUGGAUUCUACCUACAUCCACUGGCCAGGACGUUAGGCUUGUCAUUUCUUAACUCAACUCCAACUGUGAGACUUGGUGCAGAGGGUUGUUGGGACAGUGUAUCUGCACCAAUGGUUUUUACUCUCUCCAACUUUCCGUCUUUGGUCACUGAUGCUGUGGUUCAUGGUGGAAUGGAUGGAGCCAUACUUGGGAAGCACCUUUCUGUUGUUAAUUGCUCUAAAAUGAAUGUAAGCACACUGCUGAGGAGUUACUACUUAAGGACUGUGGAAGAGCUGGAUGAUGUUUUGGAUCCUCAUCUGAAAGGUCGAAAUCGCAGACAGAAUUUUCAGAAGAUCACAAGUUCUUCACUGCUUCAAGAGAAGGUAGCUGGUGUACUCCCUAGUCAAGGGGACGCUGAGUUGGAGAGUCUUAUAGCAAAAGGAAUCAAAGAAUUUGUGCUACGUUACAUGGCAAUACCCAGCAAACCCUGUCUAAACCUUCAGACGUGCUCCCAAAACAUGAGGGCAAUGCAGCGUUUCCAUCAGAAGGACUGGGGCUGGUAUGACAUCGGCUACAGCUUUGUGGUUGGGUCUGAUGGAUACAUCUAUGAAGGUCGUGGCUGGAUGUCACAAGGGGCUCACACUAAAGGACGCAAUAACGUGGGGUAUGGUGUAGCUUUCAUUGGCGAUUACUCUGGUCGUUUACCCUCCACUCAUGACAUGGAACUGGUGCGCCAUCAUCUGGUCAAGUGUGGAGUGAACAAUGGAUUUCUGCAGGAGGAUUUCACCAUUCUCGGACACAGACAAGUAGUAGUAACCACCAGCUGCCCAGGAAAUGCCCUUUACUCUGAGAUCACAACCUGGAUGCACUAUAAAGAUAAGGAUCCUUUGAAGUAACAUUGGAGAUCUCACUGACACGUCAUGGUUUAUAGUGCAGGACUGCUACAAUAACUAAGCCUUUUAAUUUGUCUGAAAAAAACAUGAGGAAAGAUUGAUGGUAAUUCUAUGUUAUUCAUUCAUUCAUUUUCCUUCAGCUUACUUCCUGAUUUACUAGGGGUCCCCACAGCAGAAUGAAACAAUAUUAAUAAUAAUCAUUUGUUUUGUUUAUACAGUCCCCACACCUAAAGACACUGUAUAAUCUAUGUUGAUCCUGGAACAUAAUUUUUGUUCGAAAAUGUAAUUCAUACCUAUUCCCUACCACUAUCCCAACCAUAACAGCAAAUUAUUCCUAAAAUCAGAGGGUAAUAAUAGUUGGAAAACAAUCAUGAAGUGCAUAAACCUAACCGUUAGCCUAAACUUAACUGUAAACGUAUCCCUUAAUUCUGAUAGGCUGAGAGGAAUGUUGUUCCAGGAUCAACAUAGAUGUUAAUCCAGGAACUUGUCCUACUUGGUCAAAUUAGGUUGGCGACUGUUUUAAAUGUUGUGUAUCAAGACUUUUUGUCUGUUUUUUGUCCUCAAACCUCUUCUUUUUAUAAGAAUAGAUUCUUGCUAAUCUCAUCCUAAGCCUUUUUGUUCGGCUUUGAGUCUUGACUGUGAAACUGAAAUACAGUCAAGGCCUUUAGCUGUGUGUUUAUCUAAAACAUCUGCAAACCUUAAUCAGCCAAUCAGAAUCAAGCAUACAAACAUUUAAAUUUAACACUGAACUGCAAGGUCAACGGCAUGAAACCAAACCAGACAUCUUGGUUGAGUGUCUAAAUGAGAUUUAUGAAACAUUACUGUGCGUACGUGAGAAUUACGUGUGCAAAAAUAAACUGUGAUCUCCAGUCUUA